AUGGCUGGUCGAAAAGCUGUUAUCCCAUCUCAGACAGUCGUGGAAGCAAUUCUUCAGUUUAAAGAUCGGAUAGUAACCGAAGUCAACGGUGAUAAAAAUGAAUGGAAACAAAUUGAGCCUCAUCAAGUGUUUUAUAAAUUGAAUGAUAAAUCGCGGACCUUACAAAACUCAAGAUCAUACAACGCUUUGCCUAAAAACAUGUGGACACCCAUACUUGCAGAACAUUUUUGGGUCCAUACACAAUUGCCAUGCUGUUUAUCUUUUCGUAGGGCCAAAGUUUAUCCUACUGGAUCAACUUAUAUAGUUGUAAUUGGGCGAUGCAAAAUUUGUAAUUCGCAGUUUAAAGGAGUAGUUGAAGACAAACCAUCAGGAAACUCCAGGAUCAGCGAAAACAGCCGAUUUGACAUCAAUAUUAAACGAAGGAUUGUCGUGCGAAACAUUUAGAGAAAGAGAAGCUGGACGGUUAAUGAAAAUAGGUACCAUAAAAGCCAAAAGGAAGGCAUAAGGUCUGUUUUAUAAAUUAUUUUUCACAAGAUUUUGACUAAAUUAUUUAAUAUUUU